GGAGGCAGGACUCAUUCUGUUGCUAACUUGGCUCUCAAUUCAUUUUGCGUGGAGAGAGAGAGAGGGAGAGAGACGAUCUAUUGUGAUUGCAUACGGCAGAAGGCUCACCUCAUGAUCAGGGUCCAGGACGAGGCAGAGGUCGGGGCCGUUGUGGCAGAGGAAGGUCUAGGGGUAGAGAUUGGAGAAUGGAAUUGUACCCAAUCUCGAUUGUCCUUAACCGACAACAACCACCCACAGUUCAUUAACACACGCCACCCUGUAGAUUGUGUUUCUGAAGUUGUGAAGGCUGAAAUGAAAGGGUUUGGGUGUACGGGUACCUCUGCUCUUAAACAACAUUUUGAAAAGAAGGUCCAUAAAUUGGAGCAAGAAGAGAGAGUUUUACAGAAAGAGACGGAGGAACUUAGAUGUUGAUGGAUGUGAAACAAGGGCAGAACAAGGAAGGGAAAACCGUUCUUUACUUGGUGUUUGAAUGCAUGGCUACUGAUCUGAAAAAUUCAUCAAGACUACCCGUCUAUUUGCUCUUCGCCCCUCUCCUUCCUAAACAAUUAGUAAAGAAAGCAAUGGAGCAUCCCUAUUUUGAUGUCUUGAACAGGACCAUAUCUCUGAGUGAUGCUGUGUUGAAUGAAGAUUUAGUUGCUGAAACAAGCUUGACGGGUUCAUACUUCAACAUUUGCUACAAAUUAUAUUUUCGAUCUACUUGAGAAUAUAUUAUUAUAUUUUAUUUCUUAGCAAACGACACAGAUGUAGCCCAUUAUCAUCCAAAUAUUUGACCGCUUGUUGAAGGUU